GGGGAACAUCGACCUAUGGAGGCUUUGAUUCCUGAGCAGGGCAAAGACGGUAAUGACUAGGAACCCGGGGAGAACCGAUCUAUGGACGAACGGGGACGAUGCCCCGUGGUGGAGAAGGAAGUAGCGGACCAGCCAAAAGGGGAGGACGAAUUGCGAGRCUUGGAGGAGGACAAGAUCGCGGACGCCCGCGAGGGGCAAAGUCGUGAAGGCGGGACGGAUCAGGGGGGGGAGAGCAAUCACGUUGAACUGCAGCAGGGACAAGUUUUGGAUGUCCCCGGGCCGAUGGCCCGAUGUGUGGUGGUGACGGGGUGUAAUCCAGGGGUGUCGCCRAACGAUGGCCCUGCUACUCACCUGUCAGCCGGUGAUAUGGGCACARGCGAGCAAGGCCUGCGGCCCGAGGACUGGCAAGACAAGCGGGUAAUCGUGGACGACGUGGUUCGUUGGAUCACGCGGGCGCAGAUGUGUSGGGGGUGGGAGGGGAUCCCGAGGCGGUUGACUCGGUGGGACCCAGUCGGUGGUUAUACGGGAGCCGCUAAUCGACGUGCGGAAACGCUGGACAGCCGGGCAGAUGCCCAAGGACUGGAGAAGGGCGUUACUCGCACAAGGGUUGGAGCAGGCGAGAAGGAUGGACCACAGAACAUAAGUGGGGACACAACUGGGGGSGAGACAACGGUACAUCGGGGUGUGGCAGGGGACAGGCAGGUGCAGAGCGACGACCUUGCUCACAAGGAUGCGCUCCCGAUUGUCCUGUUUCUUUCCCAGAAGGAAGAAGGUGAGAGGGUUGAUCGAAAGGAGGAGUUUAGGGACGUGCAUGACCGAGGGGCUGUGGGUGGUGAGGCAUUGAGUGCAGGGGUGUCGGCCCCUGCGGAUUUUACCAUGAAUCUUAAAGCUAGUCUUCCCGCUUCUGGCGCAGAGGACGCUAGGGACAUGGCGGAAUCGCGGCACCCAGGGGACCCGGGUGCUGACGCAAUGGAUCAGGAGGAGCCUCUGAUCCUGGACGAAGGCGAAGACUCGACGGAGGAAGGGGAGGGGGGGGAUGACCCCCUCACCGUGACUUUGGCAGCGCAAGGCCAGCUGCAACGGAUUUUGGACGCAGGGGACUGUAAUAUCUGCCUUGUGAUGCUGUGGUGGGCGGGGGAUGACAUCAAUGUGGCUACGAGAGGUGGAUCGGAGCUCUUCUCCUAAACCACCCGGUCGCUUCCCAAAAAUGUCAAUGUUUAUCGUCAGAUUUGCCGAUGGAUGGGCCCGAACUAUCGUGUGAAAGUGCUCCCCAGGGUUUCGGUGGGCAGAUUCUUUCGGCAGCCGGCGCAGGGAAAUGAAUAUGGUCUCCUGUU